AACAUUCGAUGUCGUUCUCUUGUGGGGAACAUUUGGAGGCGGUACGGAAAGAGAUGACGGUGUUGGCGAAUCAAUUGCAAAUGAGCAAACAGGAGCUGGAAAAAGUUAAAAUGGCUUUUGCUUUGAAUGAACUAGAGAAAAUUCGACGUGAUGAGACGCAGUCACAGCAGGCUCAAGCUGCUAUGCUUAUGGGUGGCAUGCCUAAUAUGAUGAUGGCUAGAAAUCCUAUGAUGAUGGCGGGCAUGGGGAUGUCGGGCCUUCCUGGAGCAACUAAUGCUUCACCACGGAUGACGAAACCAAAUGGCGUACCAAAUGGGGCUCAAAGUGGCAUGCCAGCAGGCGUUGCAAACGGCAUGGCGGCAGCAGCUGCUGCCGCUGGCAUGGCAGGUAUGAACCCGGCGAUGGCCGCAGCUAUGCACAUGCCUCCACAACAAGCUGCCAUGUUGCAAGCCCAAAUGAUGAUGGCGGCU